AUGGCCAAGUUCCUGUUUGUGUUUCUGACACAGCUUCUGUUUGGAACCUUCAGACUGUGUCUCCUUCAGAGAACUUCAUCUGACCUCAGAUCUGUCCAUCCUGGAGAAAACAUCACCCUGCACUGUGACAUCACUGCGAAUGAUGAGAUAUCGUGGUAUCACCAGAGCUCAGAGAAGAUGAAGCUGCUCAUAUCUGCUAGAAAAGAUAAACUGAAUAAAUCAUUUUUCCUCAGCUGUAAUGUGGAUGAACGUCACUAUGAUACAACAGAAAACAUCAGUUUAGUGAUUAUUGGUGUUGAUGAGACUGAUUUAGGGCUGUAUUACUGCGGAGGCCGAAAUGGUUCAAAUACCACUUAUUUUGGAAAAGCCAUCAGACUGAACUUUGCAGAUGAUGGAAUUCCUGAGUUUGACAUACCUGUUAACGUGGCUGAGCGUUCCCGGCUCUCUGCAGGAUGUGGACUCCCCGGGAUCAUGAUUAUAAUCCUAAUGUGUGUCUGCAUGUUCUGUGUCCUGAUGAACAUCAUCUGCAUCUGUGUGUUCUGUAUCAGAACGCAAGGAAAGUCAACUUCAUGCAGCUGCCGCAGUGACACCAGAGACACAACUGAGGAAGAAGACCUGCAGUGCAUGAGCCUUAGACAUGAAGCAGAGCCCUCAGCAUCUACUGCGAGAACCUCAGCACCUGCUUUGGACAGUGUGACCUAUGCAAAAGUCUCAGUACGGGCCAGCCAAAAUUUAUCAGCAUGA